AUGGGUCAAGGUGUAUCAUCUGGUCAAGAUAAGAAGAAGAAGAAGGGUAGUAAGGAGAAGCCAAAGUAUGAACCUCCAGUUCAAUCGCGGUUUGGUAGGAAGAAGAGAAGAGGGGGUCCCGCCACUGCAGAGAAAUUGCCUAAUAUAAGUCCCAGUACUCGCUGUAAAUUGAAACUAUUGCGUAUGGAAAGGAUUAAGGACCAUUUACUACUAGAAGAAGAAUUUGUCACCAAUUCGGAGAUCUUGAAACCAUUCGAAAAGAAGCAAGAAGAAGAGAAGAAACAGUUGGAAGAGAUUAGAGGUAACCCAUUGAGUAUUGGUACUCUAGAAGAGAUUAUCGAUGAUGAUCACGCAAUCGUGACGAGUCCGACAAUGCCCGAUUACUACGUUUCGAUCCUAUCUUUUGCAGAUAAAGAACUCUUGGAACCAGGUUGUUCCGUUCUGUUGCAUCACAAGACAAUGUCGAUCGUAGGAGUGUUGCAAGAUGAUACCGAUCCAAUGAUAUCGGUAAUGAAGAUUGAUAAGUCACCUACGGAAUCCUAUAGCGAUAUCGGAGGUCUAGAAAACCAGAUUCAAGAGAUAAAGGAAGCAGUCGAACUACCGCUCACACAUCCAGAACUUUACGAAGAGAUGGGCAUCAAACCACCAAAGGGUGUUAUUCUGUAUGGUGCCCCGGGUACGGGUAAGACGUUGCUAGCGAAGGCUGUGGCAAACCAAACCUCUGCUACUUUCUUGAGAAUUGUCGGUUCAGAACUAAUUCAAAAAUAUCUAGGUGAUGGUCCCAGACUCUGUAGACAGAUCUUUAAGGUCGCUGCAGAGAACGCUCCAAGUAUCGUUUUCAUAGACGAGAUCGAUGCUAUAGGUACAAAGAGAUACGAAUCCAAUAGUGGUGGUGAAAGAGAAAUUCAAAGAACUAUGUUGGAGUUGCUGAAUCAACUAGAUGGCUUCGACGACAGGGGUGAUGUGAAAGUCAUUAUGGCCACAAACAAGAUCGAAAGUUUGGAUCCAGCACUGAUCAGACCAGGAAGAAUCGAUCGUAAGAUCCUCUUCGAAAACCCGGACCUUGGCACAAAAAGAAAGAUUCUGGGGAUCCACACAUCUAAGAUGAGUUUAAGUUCCGACGUUCAUUUGGAAGAACUCGUUACUUCAAAGGACGAUCUCUCAGGCGCCGAUAUUCAAGCAAUGUGUACAGAGGCAGGUCUACUUGCUCUCAGAGAAAGAAGAAUGCAAGUCACAGCAGAAGACUUCAAACAGGCUAAGGAGCGUGUGAUGAAGAACAAGGUCGAAGAGAACCUGGAAGGCCUAUAUAUGUAG